CGACACAUUUUUCAAUGUAAUGUUUUUUACACAUUUAUUUUAUUUUCGUUCGAUUCAUUGCGAAGUCUGCUUGCAUUCGAAUUUUAUUUCUUUGUUUUUCUAAUUUUUUUUCUGUAUGUAAUAAAAAACUUUGAAUCACGAAUGUUUGAUAAUAAUUAUUUCAGCCGUCAGGUUUAUUUUGAUCAUCCAGAAUUAGCUGUUAAUUAUGAUAUUACGGAAUCCGAUGACGAAAAUCCUUCUGUAACUAUUAUACAAAAAUAUGAUUCUGAUGAAUCAGGUGUUGUUUGGGAUGCCGCAAUAUUAUUGGCCAAAUAUCUCGAAUAUGAUUGUCAUUGUCAUGGACAAUCAAUGGUAAAUCUGAACGUAAUUGAACUUGGUUCAGGUACCGGCUUCGUUGGAAUAUGGUGUGCUGCGAUGGGUGCAUCAGUCAUGUUGACUGAUCUUCAGGCUGGCAUCCCUUUGAUUAAAUUAAACAUGGUUGGAAAUUCAUCAUUAUUUAAAGGUGAAGAAAAUGUUCUAGUUAAAUCAUUCGAUUGGUUCGACCGAUCAGAAUUUCAAUGGGAAUUUUUGCGCUGGAAAACACUUGAUGAAAUUGAUUAUAUUCUCAUAUCGGAUUGUCUUUAUUAUGAACAAGGAAUGAUAGCCCUUGUUCAAUUUAUCAAGUGGACAUUCGAAACAUUGAUCAGCCGACAAAGUCACACUCGUCUACGAAUUCUGAUCUCUUAUGAGGAUCGUCAUGAAAAAAUGCAAAUUUGCAAUGAUUUUUUCCAAAAAUUGAAUCAAUUCAAGCAUUUAAAAUGUGAAGCCAUAACCAAUGAGCAGCUACAUCCUGAUUAUCGAUCGAAUGAUUUGCAUUUAUUAAGAAUUACAUAUGCUACUGAAUGUUGAAAUACGAUAGCAGUUAAUUCUUCAUGGUAUUUCUAUUGAUACCCGGCUUGGAUUGUUUCCAUUUCAAAAAAUUGACAAUUGUUUGGCCCAGUCAUUUGGAAACCACAAGUUUUAAUUACCUGUAUUUCCAUUUGGUUCUAUUAUUUCAAUUAUUUCGCUUCAAUCACAUGAUUAAUUA